UCCGGUUCCGGUGAGGGCCGCUCGCUCUUUUUCUCCGCAGAGCCGCCGAGGGAGCGGCUGUGGUCUCCGUCUCUCUCAACUAUCCGGCGCCAUCCUCGUCGCUGCGGCGACCCCCGCGCCCGCCGCCGUCAUGACUGAACAGAUGACCCUCCGUGGCACCCUUAAGGGCCACAAUGGCUGGGUAACUCAGAUCGCCACCACCCCGCAGUUCCCCGACAUGAUACUGUCGGCCUCUCGAGACAAGACCAUCAUCAUGUGGAAGCUGACCAGAGAUGAGACCAACUAUGGCAUCCCACAGCGUGCUCUGAGGGGUCACUCCCACUUUGUCAGUGAUGUGGUCAUCUCCUCCGAUGGCCAGUUUGCCCUCUCAGGCUCCUGGGAUGGAACCCUACGCCUGUGGGAUCUCACAACGGGCACCACCACAAGACGAUUCGUAGGCCAUACCAAGGAUGUGCUGAGCGUGGCCUUCUCCUCUGACAACCGGCAGAUUGUCUCUGGAUCCCGAGACAAAACUAUCAAGUUAUGGAAUACUCUGGGUGUCUGCAAAUACACAGUCCAGGAUGAGAGUCACUCUGAGUGGGUUUCCUGUGUCCGGUUUUCACCCAACAGCAGCAACCCUAUCAUCGUGUCUUGUGGCUGGGACAAGCUGGUGAAGGUAUGGAAUUUAGCUAACUGUAAGCUGAAGACCAAUCACAUUGGCCACACAGGCUAUCUGAACACGGUGACUGUCUCUCCAGAUGGUUCUCUCUGUGCCUCAGGAGGCAAGGACGGCCAGGCCAUGUUAUGGGAUCUCAAUGAAGGCAAGCACCUGUAUACACUAGAUGGUGGGGACAUCAUCAAUGCCCUGUGCUUCAGCCCCAACCGCUACUGGCUCUGCGCUGCCACAGGCCCCAGCAUCAAGAUUUGGGACUUAGAAGGCAAGAUCAUUGUAGAUGAACUCAAACAAGAAGUUAUCAGCACCAGCAGCAAGGCAGAGCCACCCCAGUGCACCUCAUUGGCCUGGUCGGCUGAUGGCCAGACUCUGUUUGCUGGUUAUACUGACAACCUGGUGCGGGUAUGGCAGGUGACCAUCGGCACCCGCUAGAAACUAUGACAGAGCGUUAAAAAUAAACUGGCUUUCUAAAACUGG